GCUGUGCCUGAGGUUAUGUUGCCUGUAUGGUUCACUGCCAACCUCGACAUUGUGGCCACCUACAUCCAGGAGCCCAACGAGGAUUGCCUGUAUCUGAACAUCUAUGUGCCCACAGAGGAUGUAAAGCGGAUUUCCAAGGAAUGCGCCCGAAAACCCAACAAGAAAAUAUGUAGGAAAGGAGGAUCCGGUGCUAAGAAACAGGGCGAGGACUUAGCGGAUAAUGAAGGGGACGAAGACGAAGACAUUCGGGACAGCGGAGCCAAGCCAGUCAUGGUCUACAUCCACGGGGGCUCCUACAUGGAGGGCACGGGCAACAUGAUCGAUGGCAGCGUCCUUGCCAGCUAUGGCAACGUAAUCGUCAUCACCCUCAACUACCGGGUUGGGGUACUAGGUUUCCUGAGCACCGGGGACCAGGCUGCCAAGGGAAACUAUGGGCUCCUGGACCAGAUUCAGGCCCUCCGCUGGGUGAGUGAGAACAUCGCCUUCUUUGGUGGAGACCCUCGCCGCAUCACUGUAUUUGGUUCUGGCAUUGGGGCCUCCUGUGUCAGCCUCCUCACGCUGUCCCAUCACUCUGAGGGGCUCUUCCAGAGGGCCAUCAUCCAAAGUGGCUCAGCGCUGUCCAGCUGGGCAGUGAACUACCAGCCAGUCAAGUAUACUAGCUUGCUGGCAGACAAGGUGGGGUGCAAUGUGCUGGAUACCGUGGACAUGGUCGAUUGCCUACGGCAGAAGAGUGCCAAAGAGUUGGUGGAGCAAGAUAUCCAGCCAGCUCGUUACCACGUGGCCUUCGGUCCUGUGAUCGAUGGGGACGUGAUCCCUGAUGACCCCGAGAUCCUCAUGGAGCAGGGCGAGUUCCUCAACUAUGACAUCAUGCUUGGCGUCAACCAGGGGGAGGGGCUCAAGUUUGUGGAGGCCGUGGUGGACCCGGAGGAUGGAGUGUCAGGUACGGACUUUGACUACUCGGUCUCCAACUUUGUGGACAACCUGUAUGGCUACCCUGAGGGCAAGGACACCCUUCGGGAGACCAUCAAAUUCAUGUACACAGACUGGGCAGACCGGGACAACCCUGAGACUCGCCGUAAAACUCUGGUGGCCCUUUUCACUGACCACCAAUGGGUAGAGCCUUCCGUGGUGACAGCUGACCUGCAUGCCCGCUAUGGCUCGCCCACCUACUUCUACGCCUUCUACCACCACUGCCAGAGCCUCAUGAAGCCAGCGUGGUCUGACGCAGCCCACGGGGAUGAGGUGCCCUAUGUCUUUGGCAUCCCCAUGGUCGGCCCCACUGACCUCUUCCCCUGCAACUUCUCCAAGAACGAUGUCAUGCUCAGUGCUGUUGUUAUGACCUACUGGACCAACUUUGCCAAGACCGGGGAUCCCAACAAGCCCGUCCCCCAGGACACCAAAUUCAUCCACACCAAGGCCAACCGCUUCGAGGAGGUGGCCUGGUCCAAGUAUAACCCCCGGGACCAGCUGUACCUUCACAUUGGGCUGAAGCCCCGGGUCCGCGACCACUACCGGGCCACCAAGGUGGCCUUCUGGAAGCACUUGGUGCCCCACCUGUACAACCUGCACGACAUGUUCCACUACACAUCGACCACCACCAAAGUGCCGCCCCCGGACACCACCCACAGCUCUCACAUCACCCGCCGCCCUAAUGGCAAGGCCUGGAGCACCAAGCGGCCAGCCAUUUCUCCAGCCUACAGUAACGAGAACGCCCAGGGCACCUGGAACGGGGACCAGGAUGCCGGACCUCUCCUGGUGGAGAACCCUCGCGACUACUCCACGGAGCUGAGUGUCACCAUUGCCGUUGGGGCCUCCCUCCUGUUUCUCAACGUGCUAGCUUUUGCCGCCCUCUACUACCGCAAGGACAAGAGGCGGCAGGAGCCCCUGCGGCAGCCCAGUCCCCAACGGGGUCCCGGGGGUCCCGGGGAGAUGGGAGCGGCCCCCGAGGAGGAGCUGGCAGCCCUACAGCUAGGUCCCUCGCAUCAUGAGUGUGAGGGCCCCCCUACCCACGACCCACUCCGCCUCAGUGCCCUCCCUGACUACACCCUGACGCUGCGACGUUCCCCCGACGACAUCCCUCUCAUGACCCCCAACACCAUCACCAUGAUCCCCAACUCCCUGGUGGGGCUGCAGACGCUGCACCCCUAUAACACCUUUGCUUCUGGCUUCAACAGUACUGGGUUGCCCCACUCACACUCCACCACACGGGUAUAGCUCUCACCUGGAGCCCGGCCUUUGCCCAGCCCAGCUUCCUCCCCGUCUCCCCGCCUCCCAGCACCCACCCGUGCACACCCAUAUACACCCGCC